CACAGAUCUAGAGACUCCAGGCGACGAUGCGACACUCAGCCUGAAAAGAUUUGGAAGAUCCAAAAUGAAAACUGAUUAUUGAAUGAAAUUAAAACCUAAGGUAAUUUAAGAUAAGAGAGCCAUGCUAACACUCCCGUUUGAUGAGUCUGUUAUGAUGCCAGAACCCCAGAUGUGCAGAAAGUUUUCUAGAGAAUGCGAGGACCAGAAGCAAAUUAAGAAACCGGAAAGCUUUGCCAAACAGAUCGUCCUUCGAGGAAAGAGCAUCAAAAGAGCCCCCGGAGAAGGGACCGAGAAAGAGGAAGAGGAGGAGGACAGGGAAGAGGAAGAUGAAAAUGGGUUGCCCAGGAGGAGGGGUCUUAGGAAAAAAAAGACGACCAAGCUGCGCCUGGAGAGGGUCAAGUUCAGGAGACAAGAAGCGAACGCGAGGGAGAGGAACAGGAUGCACGGCCUCAACGACGCUCUGGACAAUUUGAGAAAAGUGGUCCCCUGUUAUUCGAAAACCCAAAAACUGUCCAAAAUAGAAACUUUACGGCUGGCCAAAAACUACAUCUGGGCACUUUCGGAAAUUCUAAGAAUCGGCAAGAGACCUGAUCUGCUCACAUUCGUCCAAAACUUGUGCAAAGGUCUCUCCCAGCCAACGACAAACUUGGUGGCAGGCUGCCUGCAGCUCAACGCCCGGAGCUUCCUGAUGGGGCAGGGCGGGGAGGCUGCGCACCACACAAGGUCACCCUACUCCACCUUCUACCCUCCCUACCACAGCCCCGAGCUCACCACCCCCCCAGGACAUGGGGCUCUGGAUAAUUCCAAGUCCAUGAAACCCUAUAAUUAUUGCAGUGCAUACGAAUCCUUCUAUGAAAGCACUUCCCCUGAGUGUGCCAGCCCUCAGUUCGAAGGUCCCUUAAGUCCUCCCCCAAUUAACUAUAAUGGGAUAUUUUCCCUGAAGCAAGAAGAAACCUUGGACUAUGGCAAAAAUUACAAUUACGGCAUGCAUUACUGUGCAGUGCCACCCAGGGGUCCCCUUGGGCAGGGUGCCAUGUUCAGGUUGCCCACCGACAGCCACUUCCCUUACGACUUACAUCUGCGCAGCCAAUCUCUCACCAUGCAAGAUGAAUUAAAUGCAGUUUUUCAUAAUUAAUGAGGAAAAUGAAAAUAAACAGUGGUCAUUCACCUCCCCCGUCUAAUUAAGACAAAGCAGAUGCUUGUGGGCUGAGUAAUUGGCACGACUCUAUCUAAGGUGUUUACUAGUUCCUGAAGUGUGUUUCAACUAUUGUGAGAAUUUUCUAUGUCAUAAUAAAUCUCUUUUCUUAUGAGAGCUUCUUUUCCUUUCCUUUUGUCUGUAAAGCACUGUGAUUCUGUUUCUACUGGAAGGAUUUUUUUUCCU